AGAGGGGGCGGGGCCGGGUGAGGGGCGGAGCUAAGUGUGAUGGAGGACUCAGACGGGGAGGCGCCCGACCCCCCCUACGCCCGCGCCCGCCACAAGCUGGAGACGCUGCUGAACCGCAACAUGCGGAUCCGCAUGACGGACGGACGGACGCUCGUCGGCUGCUUCCUCUGCACCGACCGCGACUGCAACGUCAUCCUGGGCUCCGCGCAGGAGUUCCUCAAAGCCAGCGACUCCUUGGCGGCCAGUGAGCCGCGCGUGCUGGGCCUGGCCAUGGUGCCCGGGCACCACAUCGUCUCCAUCGAGGUGGAGCUGGAGAACCUGGGCAGCCCCCAGUACCUGUGAGAGGCGCCCGGCGGAGAGACCUGCCCCCCCACCCCCCCGCGCCCGCUGACCUGCCGGGGGGGCGCAGCCGGGCACCGGGGCUGGCGUGUGGGCCCCGCUCUGCACAUUAAAUUCCUGGGGAACCCACAGCA